AAAGUAAACCAGGGAAAAUAUAGUCAAAUGAGGUUUUUGUGACUGUUCGCCUCGUGCUGAGCUGUUUUGAUUGUCUUCACAAACAAGGUAAACCUUCCGAUGAGUCCGGUGGUAGCGCAGGAUCACUGGUAGCCUAACCCCGCGUGAGGCACCGCAGGGGGUCCGAGAGAGAGAUAGAGAGAGAGAGAGAGAGAGAGAGAGAGAGAGAGAGAGAGAGAGAGACGUUCUGCACAUUGGUCAGGCUACUUUUCUGACGACACACCAACAAUCGUCAACCUGUGGAUAGCGCGCGCGCGCGGCGCUCUGUUGUCUCCACUGCCACCCUCUCCCUCUCUUGACACCGAGCCCGACCCUCGGACAUCCAGGACGCAUGAACUCUGGGAGAGGGUGCCGGUUCGAUUCCCGAACACAAGGACACGAACCGAAAAGUUGAGGGCUCGCGCGCUAUCCCCCCCCCCCCCCCCCCCCCCCAUUGCCUCCCCCCGCUUCAUGAAUGGCCGGAACAUGGAGGAGGUGCAGUUCAAAAGAGUCAAGACCCGGCGGAGGAAGGGUCACUGCCCGGCCGGCUCGCCCCUGGGCGCCAUCGCCUGUGAGGACGAGUUCAACAGCCCGGAGCUGGAGGCUCUCUUCCAGAACUACAACCUGAAGCUAGAGCAGACCGCCACGCUCAAGGCGCUCGCGGUGCUCAUCGUGGCCGCGUCGUCGCUGUCCCUGGUGGAGCUGCUGUCCAGCCCGCGGCUCACCCUGUCCAAGGGCUCGUACCCGGUGCACUGCGUGGUCUUCUUGUCGCUCUUCAUCGUCACCAACGUCAAGUACCUGCAGGUGACGCAGCUGCAGCAGAUCGCGAAGCUGGCCCUGUUGUUCAGCUUCACCUUCGCGCUGCUUUGCUGCCCGUUCCCGCUGGCGCUCGGCACCGCGGAGCUGCUGAGCACCGCGGCCCCGGAGCAAGGCGUGUGGCAGCUCAUGCUGGUCACCCUCGUGGCUUACGUGCUGCUGCCGGUGCGGACGCUGCUGGCCGUGCUGUUCGGGGUCAUGCUGGCUACGUCUCACUUCAUUGUCAUCGCGACGUCGUUCACGGGAAGGAAGCAGAGGCUGUGGAGACCGCUGGUGGCCAACGCGGUGCUGUUCACCAGCGUCAACCUGUCGGGGGUGUUUGUGAGGAUUCUCACCGAGCGCACCCAGAGGAAAGUCUUCCUGCAAGCCCGUGACUGCAUCGAGGAGAGGCUUAAACUGGAGGAUGAGAAUGAGAAGCAGGAGCGUCUGCUAAUGAGCCUACUGCCCAGGAAUGUUGCCAUGGAGAUGAAGGAGGACUUUCUGAAGCCGCCUGAGCGGAUCUUUCACAAGAUCUACAUCCAACGUCACGACAAUGUCAGCAUCCUGUUUGCAGACAUUGUGGGUUUCACCAGCUUGGCUUCUCAGUGUACUGCUCAGGAACUGGUCAAACUGCUCAACGAACUCUUUGGGAAGUUUGAUGAACUGGCUACAGAGAAUCACUGCAGGCGGAUAAAGAUACUGGGGGACUGUUACUACUGUGUGUCAGGACUGACUCAACCUAAGGCAGACCACGCCCACUGCUGUGUGGAGAUGGGACUGGACAUGAUUGACACGAUUGCGUCGGUGGUGGAGGCGACGGAGGUGGAUUUGAACAUGCGUGUUGGUCUCCACACAGGACGGGUGCUGUGUGGCGUGCUGGGCCUUAGGAAGUGGCAGUAUGAUGUGUGGUCAAACGAUGUCACACUUGCAAACAUGAUGGAGGCCGGAGGGCUGCCUGGCAAGGUGCACCUCACCAGGACCACCCUGGAGUGUUUGAAUGGAGACUACGAGGUGGAGCCAGGCUUCGGCCACGAGAGACAUGCCUUCCUUCAGAAGCAUCACAUAGAGACAUUUUUCAUCGUGCCAUCACACAGACGUAAAAUCUUUCCCGGUCUUAUUCUGUCAGACAUCAAACCAGCCAAGAGGAUGAAGUUCAAGACGGUGUGCUACCUGCUGGUGCAGCUGAUGCACUGUAGGAAGAUGUUCAAGGCCGAGAUCCCCUUCUCCAACGUCAUGAGCUGCGACGAUGAUGACAAGCGGAGAGCCCUGCGUACUGCAUCGGAGAAGCUGAGGAGUCGAACCUCCUUUUCCAACACCACCGUGCAGCACUCGCCAGGAACACGAGUCAACCGCUACAUCGGGCGGCUCAUCGAAGCACGGCAGACCGAGUCCGACACAACAGACCUCAACUACGUCACCCUGUUCUACACGAGCAGAGACAGGGAGCGCCGGUACCAUCAGGUGUCUGACGACCAUUUCAUCGGUGCAGUGGUUGUCUCUCUGAUACUCGCCGCUCUGUUUGGCCUUAUCUAUUUGCUAAUGAUCCCACAGGGGAUGCUGGUGCUGUUGCUGCUGGUGCUGUGUGUGUGUUUCCACGCCGCCUGUGUCAUGUACCUGCAUCUCACUGGCGUUCAGUGCCAACCAGGCUGCCUCACCAUCCAGAUCCGAACCGUGCUGUGUGUCUUCCUCGUUCUGCUCACCUACUCUGUUACUCAGGCCUGUGUGGUGGGAUGUGUCCCUUGGGCGAGAGUUGGGACAAACUCAAGUCUCUCAGCGGACGACGGCCCCGCAGACGCAAACAACAGCACCGCGGCAGACAGAGCUUGUUCCAACAUGGCGUACGCUUUGCUGUCCUGCGUGGCCGGCACCCUCACCCUCGUCCCCUACCUCCGAGUCUCCUCGCUCCCCAAGAUCCUCCUGCUCCUCCUCCUCUCUGUCACCUACACUGUCGUCAUGGAGACCAGCGGCUAUCGCCAAGCUGUGGGAGGAGGGUUUCUCCACACAGGGGGGUAUGAUCCUGUGUUGGCUGCCUUGCUGUUUUCUGGAGCUUUGGCUCUGCAUUCGAGACAGCUGGACCUGAAGAUGCGGCUCGACUAUCUCUGGGCUACUCAGGCGGAGGAGGACAGAUGUGACAUGGAGAAGGUGAAGCUGGACAACAAGAGGAUCCUGUUUAACCUGCUGCCGGCUCAUGUGGCUCAGCACUUCCUCAUGUCAAACCCCAGGAACAUGGACCUGUACUACCAGUCCUACGCUCAGGUCGGAGUGUUGUUCGCCUCCAUCGCCAACUUCAACGACUUUUACAUUGAGUUGGAUGGGAACAACAUGGGCGUUGAGUGUCUCAGGCUGCUCAAUGAGAUCAUCGCCGACUUUGAUGAGCUGAUGGACAAAGAGUGCUACAGGGAUAUUGAGAAAAUCAAGACCAUUGGCAGUACAUACAUGGCUGCAGUAGGGCUGGUUCCUACAACUGCCUCCAAGGCGAAGAAGUCCACAACCUCACAUUUAUGCACAGUGUCAGAUUUUGCCAUUGAUAUGUUUGACGUCCUGGAUGCCAUCAACUACCAGUCUUACAAUGACUUUGUCCUGAGAGUAGGUAUCAACGUGGGACCAGUGGUGGCCGGAGUGAUUGGAGCCAGAAGACCUCAGUAUGACAUCUGGGGAAACACAGUGAACGUAGCCAGCAGGAUGGACAGCACUGGAGUACAAGGAAAGAUCCAGGUGACAGAGGAGGUUCAUCGUCUCCUCACAGACCACUACAGCUUUGUGUGCCGGGGCCAGGUCAGCGUGAAGGGCAAAGGGCAGAUGCUCACAUAUUUCCUGGAAGGGCGCAGGCACGGCAACAGACCGUCUCAAAUCCAGCAGCAGCCAGGCAACGGAGAGCGGCGGUUCAGCACCUUCACCCAGGGCAGCGUGUGCACCAGGCUGAGCCCCCCCACCGUGACCACCUACGCCACGGCCAGGACCCCGAGCCCGUCCAAACCAACCACCUCCUCCAGCACCACCAGGUACCUGCCCUCUGUCCCCACGGCAACGGUGUGAUGGAUACCUUCUUCACUGGGAUUGUGGUAAACAAGGAAAUGACACUAGGGGUGGGGGAUAGCACGGAUGAUACAUGAUAGUAGUAGCAGAGAGAGUUUUUCAAUGCCGGGAAAAAGUAGAGCCGACCUCCACUCUUCUUCUACUGGAUGUGGGAGACAGCUGAGGCGCUAAUCGUCCAAUGGGAGGCGUGGACUCUGGGCCUGGACUGGGUUUAGGACUAGAGUCUGAGGAGACCUCGGUCGGACUCGUCCUCCACACUCGAGGCCUGUUGGUUGUUUCACACCGCUGGGGUGCCAUGAACGAGGUGCAGGGUGCUUUCAGCCACGUUGCUCUGUAACCAAUCAAUGGUUAAGGAUGUCUCUGCGAUUUCAGAGUCGACACCCACAACUGUAACAACCUAAAUCAGCAUCAAAAUAACAACAAAGUUUGGUCUAUAAAACCCGCAGAACUGGGGCUGUAAAGAUGAAGCAAUACCAUUGAUUUACAGAGAGACAUGUCCUCACAGUGGUGUUAUUAGUAACAUUGUUAUAUUUAUCAAUUGGUUUAAAAGCUACUUGUUAAGCAGUAAACAAUUAUUCGGAAUGGAUAUAUCAGCAUCAAAAUCACAAACAAUUGCACAAUUGAUAGUGUAGCACAAAAGCCAUCCACAACCACAUGUGGAAUUUCCUUUCACAACUUUUAGCUGACCCUUUUCUCUCAGUUUGAAGCCAAAUCAGGGCUUUGCCUUAGCGAACACCCCUCACAAUGAGUUCCUUGACAUUUUUUUUGUUGCCUUUUAGAUUCGUUAUUGAUUUAUUGGACACCACUUCGGGUGAAUUAAUGAAUUGCAGGGGCAUGUUUUUAAAGUAGAUGAAGCCAAAUGUUUAAUUGUAAAUGGUAGUAUAAACUUGCCAAAAUACGACAGGGCGUUGCAUCAAGUCAUCUCUUGGACGUGUAUGCCCCUUCACUUUAACACUCCAGCGGCACCUGAGGUAAACUCUUGUUUCCCUGAGCCGCUCAGUGUCUACAAGUGCAUGAUGCCACUGCUGCAUUUCAGUCAUGUGUGCUGUCUAUUUCCCUGUGAUGCUUGACUUUUAGAUUCUUCCUCGUCAAAGUGUAGCAAUAAAGCGGUUUGUCUCCUAUCUCAGCCCCUUGCAUGCUGUAGCCAGCUGGAUCCUAUUUUUGACCUGAUAUUGUAUGUAGCCAAUAGAAUGUGCAUAGCUAGCCGCACAAGUGUGUAUCUCUGUGGAGUUGAAGCAUGACUUAGAAACACUUAUUUUCUGUAUUGUGCGAGUGUGAUUCCUUCCUAAGGGAUUUCGAUUUG